AGAACUUGGCCAAGCAACCAGUCUACUCAACCACCAUCGUCUUCGUGUUUGCUUCUUUCUCUAUUCUUGGGUUGGUCAAGGCAUCGUCUUGUGAUGCGUUGACCAAAAAAGCAAACUUACCAUUUGUCCUGUUACGUGUGCUUUUCAAGAUAAAGCAAACUACUCAAACAAAGCGGCUACGAAUUUCCUCAUGAAAGUGAAAGCAAGAGAAGAAGAGAAACUCUCACUCACCGUAAACCAGCAAGAAAAGAAAACAAUGACCACUGACAGCAAGCAACCCAAGAACCCAAGAAAAUGCAAGCAACCCAUUAACGAGGAAUCUCCACUGCUGCCAAAUCAGAGGGGCUGCGAUGAGCAGGCAGUGCAGGAAUUCAAUGGGGCAUCUUUUGCUGGUGCAGUGUUUAAUCUGUCAACGACCAUUAUUGGUGCUGGGAUUAUGGCGUUGCCUGCCACCAUGAAAGUGCUGGGUCUUGGCGUUGGGAUUGGUAUGAUCAUUUUUGUUGCGAUUUUGACAGAAGCCUCUGUGGAGAUGUUGUUGAGGUUCAGCAAAGUGGGAAAGGUUGUGUCUUUUGGAGGGGUUAUGGGGGAUGCCUUUGGAAAAGCUGGGAAGGUUGUGUUUCAGUUGUGUAUCUUGGUGAACAAUCUUGGAACGCUCAUUGUCUACAUGAUCAUCAUUGGUGAUGUGCUGUCUGGAACUUCUUCAACUGGAGUUCACCAUGCUGGAGUAUUGGAAGGGUGGUUUGGUGAACACUGGUGGAACGGGCGUACCUUCGUGCUGCUUGUCACAACCAUUUUUGUAUUUGCUCCAUUGGCAUCCUUAAAGAGAAUAGGAGUUGUAGUCUUCAAUGGCAUAAGAACUUGUCCACAAUUACAAUUCUAUCAUGGAAGUUUUGCUUUAGCAGUUAAAUACUAUUCAUUGAGACAUACAUCUGCUUUAGCAGUUGCGCUGGCAGUUGUUUUUCUAGUUAUUACUGCAGGAAUCGUAGUUAUUAAAUUCUUUUAUGAAGGUAUUUCCAUGCCCAGGUUCCUUCCUAAUGUGUCUGAUAUUGCAUCAGUAUGGAAUCUCUUCACGGUUGUUCCUGUUCUUGUGACAGCCUUCAUCUGCCACUUCAACGUGCAUACAAUCGACAAUGAGCUUGAGGACUCUUCCUUGAUUCAACCAAUUGUGCAGACAUCAUUGGCUUUGUGCUCUUCCGUCUACAUACUGACCAGCCUUUUCGGGUUCCUCCUAUUUGGGGACUCAACUCUUGAUGAUGUGCUAGCCAACUUUGACACCAACCUUGGCAUCCCUUAUAGCUAUUUGCUCAAUGAUAUUGUUCGCAUCAGCUAUGCCCUGCACCUCAUGCUUGUUUUUCCUGUUAUCUUCUAUCCACUGCGGCUCAACUUGGAUGACCUCGUCUUUCCCUCAUCUAGGCCUCUGGUUUCAGAUAAUUGUAGGUUUGCAUUAAGCACCAUUGGGCUCAUUUCUGUUGUCUUCGUGGGUGCAAAUUUUAUACCCAGCAUCUGGGAUGUCUUCCAGUUUUCUGGAGCUACUGCUACAGUUUGCAUUGGGUUCAUCUUUCCUGCUGCCAUUGCUCUAAGAGAUCGACAUCGAAUAGCAACAAGAAAGGACAAGAUUUUAUCUGUUUUCAUGAUUGGUCUUGCCGUGUUCUCAAAUGCGAUAGCAAUAUACAGUGAUGCCACUGCCCUGUUAAAACAGAAGGUGCCCCCUCGUGCAUGAUUUCACGUUGUUCCACACAUUAGUUGAACAACCUGUACGUAUACUGCAUGCCAUAGCCAUUUGAAAUCCAGAAAAACAUUGAUGUUUUCUGGGGAGAAAAACAUAUUUAGGAGAUAAUAAGGUGAAAGAACUAUGUACUAUUCGUCUCUGGACAUGCAGCCACCGGCUCCAUGCGUAUUGGAAAUUUCUAAUGCAAUACCUCAUUUCUUAA